ACAUGUUAUUCACAUAUAUAGUAUAAUCGGCCUACUACAUACGUUCACACGAGUGCAGCUCAUCUUAAUAAUACAUAGUGUACUUCCUACGACAGUAUUGUCAUAAGUCUUAACGUUUAUUAGUAUAUUGUAAACUAUUCUCUACGGUCAAGUACCCGUCUAGAAUCGGUUUUAGUCUGAUUUGUUUUGCACGUGAUAUAUCGUAUUUGAAACUUCGCCAGUUCCAGCAAGAUGGUUCAAAACACAGAAGUCUCCGAUUCCAAUAAAAGCUCAGUGUCAUUAGGCAACAUGUCUGAUUACAUGGUAGUUGGUUGGGAUAUUGAUACGACUGGACGCCGUUUGUUGGAUGAAAUCUGCCAUAUUGCAGGUUAUACUCCAAAAUCAACAUUUAGUCAAUAUAUUAUGCCACACAAUGAUAUUGAUCAAGUUGCCAGAAGACGUCAUCUGUUGUGUACAAUUACCAUGGGUCGUUUUCGUGCAUUGAAAGACAUUAAGUCUAACAAGACAUUGAAAUCUAAGAGUGAAAUAUCUGCUCUGGCAGAGUUCUUGGAUUGGUUAGAAGAGGUAUUAAAAGACAAUGGCAAAAAGAUGGCUAUUUUAGUAUGUCAUGAAGUCGCCCAGUUUAAUACCAGCCUCUUAAUCAAAUCACUUUUAGCAUACAAUUUAAUGGAAAGAUUUUCACAAUUAGUUAAAGGUUUUGCUAAUUGUCAUUCAUUUGCUCAAACCCACUGCCAAGACACUAUGGUUAUGUUUUCUCUUAGAGUUCUGUCCAAGGUUCUUCUAGAUAAAGACCAUAUUGAAACUUAUAAGGCAUCUGAAAGAGCGAAGAUAGGAUAUGAAAUUGUUCAACACUUGUGCGUGGGUUUAGAAAACAGUAACGGCAGUUCAAAAGAAGUUGUUACCGGAGGUGAAGUAUCUGAAGAAACCAAAGUCAAAGCGUUAUCUACAUUCCUCACAGCCAUUGAUUUUGAAGAAAAUCACUUGCACAGUACUCAAGAGUUGUUGGCUCGUCAAAAAUCUUUAAACACAGUUUACCAAAGGUCUUUGUCUUAUCAGACUUCUUCAUCUGAUCGCAAAAAGGCCAUUGCUCAUCGAAAUACUAUUGCCAAAGCUAACAUCGACUAUACAUUACUCAAGACAUUAUGGACUGAAAACCAAGAUGGUUUUAAAGAGGCUAUAAAAGAAAAGCUUUCGGAAUUACCAGAAGAGGAACGUGAAGAUAUUGCUGUGAGUAUUAUUAAACAUUUUGAAAACCCUGAGCCAAUUACGCCACCAAAAGCCCGAAGAUUUGGUAAAUACAGGAGACGUAGUAGCAGUAACAAAGGUAACAGGAAGAGUUCUUCCGAUAAAGAAAAUGAAAAUGGUUCACGGUCACCUACACCAACAAAGGUGAGCAAUGGAAUCAAGAAAGAAGUAGAAGAACCCCAAAGUGGGAUUACCAAAAAUGUUGAAAAUGGCGACAACUAAACAAAACCCCAAAGCUUGAUUACCAUUUUAUUAACUAAUUAAGUAUUGUUAAGAAAAAACGUUAAGUUUUUUGUUGUCCUUCAUAGACUACUUAUAAGUUUUAUAUAUUAUUUACAAUUUACAAUUAAAAUUAAAAAAAAAAAAAAAAAGGUCAUAACUUAAGAAAAGAAACAAAGUAUUACCACUUUUUCGCGAUCCAUUAACAAUUCUCUCUGAAAAUUAAUUUUCUUUUAAAACAAAUCGAGUCGAUUUUAAUAUUUAUUUUUCUUCAUUGUUCUAUUACUAUUUUCAUUUGUAAGGAAGCGAAAAAGUUGAGGUCAUUAAAAUUUAAUUAUGUUAUAUUACAAAAUAUAAAAUUUUAUCAAUAUAACUAUAAAAUUAUAACACAA